AUGUCUCAUCGUGAACUCUCCGACGUUUCCAAUUUCUCAUUCGCAUCUAUCCCUCGUGAUCCUCAUUCUCAACCAUUCUCAACUCAAUUCUUUGAUCCUUCACACCCGUUCAGAGACUUUGGACAUACUCCAUUAUUCACAGGAUGGAAUCACACCCCUUCUAAACCUCGACCAUCACGAUUUGCGAAAUUCUUCGAGGAACAAUUUCCGACUGUUGUUGAUGUUCAACCUCAAAGAUCUCCAGUUGGAUCCACACAGGAAUAUGAGUGGAGGGAAGAAGAGGCAGAGGCACAAAGGGGACAAGAUGAGGAAGAUUUGAGAGAACAAGUGGAAGAAAAUUGGAGUUACGAGGAAGAGAAUUGGCAGACGAAAGAAGAGUUUGAAUUUGAUUCUGAUCCUUAUCCCGAUUCAGAUGAUACCGAGUUGGGUAGAGAGGAAGUGAUUCAACAAGAUCUUGAGACUGCUUUGGAAGUACCGGACGAUGAAAAGGUGUUCGAAACCACUCAGGAAGAACAUUAUAAUGAGUUUGCAGUUGAAGAGGAAGAGACUCACCAUCAAGUGGAUGUGACGAAAGAGUCCAAGACCAGUGGGAAGAGUACGAUACCUCCACGUCUUGGUCGAUCACGGAGGAAGGCUAAACGAAGGGCCAAAUUGCAACAGACCCAAGGAUCGACGACGGCUCAGGAGGAGUCCGUUGACUCCUACGAUGGAAAUGAACUAAAUCAGACAAACUCAGCAGAAUCAAUUGAAAAUAAUUCACCGACCGUUGAGAAAGCAACUUUGACGAGUUCUACCAAUACAACCGCCCAGACAGAAGCUUCAAGGAUUAGCAAAGCCAAGAAAAAGAGAGAACGUCGAAAGUUGACUCGAACCGGUCAAAGCCAACUUCAAAAUACAGUAGAUUCCGACGAAGAGAUGUUGUGCAAAUAUCAAGAACUAGCCGAGGAAGAGAGAAAAUCUCUUAUUCCUACUCCUACCGAGGACAAGUCGAAAUCCGAUCUUUCGAGCUAUCGUUCUAUCCUGGCCGAUGGCACUUACGAUCAUUGUAGAAAGAAUCUCGCCGACAUCACUAAGCUCAUCAAGAAUGCAAGAGAUGACGGAGAAAAACAACGGUGGAAGUCUCUCCAACCGGAAUUGAAUUUAUGUAAUUCUCUUGUGAUUUCAACUCUUGUCUUUGAGGUCGAAAAAGGAUACAGGCAUAAUCUUUCGACGCAUAGAUGUAGUGAGGUUGAUUGUGAAAUGAACAUCGCUACUAGGGCCCGUCAAGAGCUCAACGCUCACCCCGUGAAUAAAUAUAUACUCAACACAGUAGGAGAAGACGAUACUCGAACUGCAUUGACGGUGAAGCAGAGGAACGAUUUGAAUGAAUAUAUUCGUGUGUUCGCAGAUCCAGAGUUGGAUUUGAUAUACAGAAGACUGUGGACGGCGGGUAAAUGGGUCGGUCCCAGGAAAAGAGGUAGAGAUCUAUGGCGUCAAAUCACGACUACAGCUUAUGCUACCUAUCCGAAAUCUGACAAGGUCACCACAACCAACAGAGCUUCGGCGGUGGAAGGAGUGGACAUCGAACAGGUGACUAAGAGGAUUACCGCGUUGACGUUGGAGGAGCAGGGGUAUUCCAGGGGAGAAAGUUCGAAACGUUCUUUGCGUCCAGAAGACCUGCAAUAG